AAGUCUAAAAUUCCCUAGAUCGGUCAUAGGGAAGUUUUCCAUUGAUGUCUCUGUUCUAAAUUUUCUGAACACUUUCCUGUCAGGGUGGGUGGGGUUGUUAAUGUUCACUGUGCAAUAAACAAUACUAUUUUAGAAACAGUAUCAACUCAAAAUAAAUAGAAGUUUUAUUAUAAUUUCAUCUACCUAAUUAGACACGCUACAAUGCAAAAUCCAAAUGAACAUACUCAAUGGAACGACAUUUUGAGAAGUCAUGGGAUCCUUCCUCAAAAGGAGAAGGAAAUCACAGAAGACCAAAUCGUUAAUAUUGUAGAAGAUACAAUAAAUGAAAAGACUGGACGCACUCAGAAUGAUUUGCAAGAGAAGACACUCGAUGAAUUGGACGAGCUGGAAGACGAAGAAGAUGAAAGGGUUCUUCUGGAGUACCGACAAAAGAGAAUAGCCGAGAUGCAGCAGUUAGCAAAGGAGGCAAAGUAUGGAGAAGUCAGAGAAAUUUCAGCCCAAGAUUAUGUUCAAGAAAUUAAUAAGGCACCAGAGGGCCUUUGGGUUAUUCUACACCUUUAUAAACCAGGAAUACCUCUGUGUACGUUGGUGAACCAAUAUUUGACUUCGCUAGCACGAAAAUUCCCAGCCACAAAAUUCCUAAAAAGUGUCUCGACGACUUGUAUACCAAAUUGGCCAGACAGCAAUCUUCCUACUAUAUUUAUAUAUAAUAAUGGAAAUAUGAUAAAACAAAUAAUUGGUCCAAUAGAACUACGAGGCAUGAAACUAACGGAAGAAGAACUAGAAUGGAUGCUUGGCGAAGCCAAAGCUGUAUCAACCAAAAUCACCGAAGAUCCAAAACCGAAGGUUCGGGAUGUUUUGUUUUCAACAUUAAAGAAUCGAAAUGAUGAUCUUGCAGAGCACAAUGAUUGGUAAAUGCCAUAUUUAUUGUUCAGAGAUACCAUACUCUAAACAGGAGAAACAAUACUAAUCACAAGUUUCAACAUUCACACAGGAUUAUUUAUUUAUAUUUAUAUGUACAGAAUACCGCAAUGCCAUUACAUUCAAUAAAAUAUAUUGUUAUUUAUUAGGA